AUGUUCAAAUUACUCGCGAUUUUGCUACUUGCAACUUUUGUUGCCACUGAAAAAGCUCGUUUUGAUCACUACAAAGUGUUUCGAGUUCAAGCGAAAAAUGAAAAUGACUUGAAAUUACUUCGCGACGUCGAAGAUGGAAAUUCUUUCAUGUUUUGGGAUUCGGCAAAAAAUAUUGGGGACUUUGCGGACAUCGUUGUACCGCCCCACAAAUUUGACGAAAUCGAAAGUCUUAUUUCGCGAUUUGGACUGAAAGCUAAAGUGAUGGUCAAUAACUUGCAAGAUAUGGUAGAUAGUGAGAGAAUUGGUAAACGUGACGAGCCAUUUGGAUGGGAAGCAUAUUAUCCGCUUGAGACAAUUUACGAGUGGGUUGCUAACCUGUCGAGAAAGUAUCCGGAUGUCGUUUCGACCUUUGAAAUUGGAAAAAGUUACGAAAAUCGACCAAUUUUGGGAGUCAAAAUUUCAUACAAGGAAGGAAAUAAGGGAAUUUUCAUCGAAAGUAAUAUUCAUGCGCGCGAAUGGAUCACGAGUGCGACAGUAACUUAUCUCAUGAACGAAUUGCUCACGUCGACCGAUCCAGCAGUUCGGGAUUUGGCAGAGAACGUUGAUUGGUACAUUAUUCCCGUUUUUAAUGUCGAUGGAUUUGUCUAUUCUCACACUUCGGAUCGCAUGUGGCGCAAAACGCGUCAACCAACGUCGAGUUUGUGUUACGGAACGGAUGCCAAUCGCAAUUUUGACUUUUAUUGGUUCCAAGGAGGCGCAAGCAACAAUCCUUGCAGUGAAACGUACGCUGGACCAAAUGCAUUUUCGGAGCCAGAAACAAGAGCAUUGGGAGCAUAUUUCGAUUCUGUGAGCAAAAAUGUCUCGGCUUUCUUUUCGUUCCACAGUUAUGGACAAUAUUUCUUAUACCCAUUCGGAUCAAAACAAGCCCCUGCAAUCAACAACGAAGCUGAGCACAUUGCUGUCGGUGAAGCCACAGUUAAGCGACUUGCGGAACGUUACGGCACCAAAUACCGCAUGGGCAACACAAUAACUACCUUGUACGAAUCAUCCGGCAUCACGAUGGAUUGGAUAAAGGGCGUUUACGAAAUUCCAUUUGCUUUUACUUAUGAGUUCCGUGACACGGGAAAUUAUGGAUUUAUGUUGCCAGCUGAUCAAAUUAUUCCGAAUGGAGAGGAAGUGUUGGACUCGAUUGUGGCUUUUGUUGAAAAAUGUCGCGAAUUAGGAUAUUUUCCGAAAAAUUAA